AAAGUAAAGAUGGUGGUGUACUUGAAAAAACUUAUGCUUGAAGAUGUGGCAAUAAUAGGAGGAUUGGUAGGAGUGCAAUUUGUUUAUGCAGGGAACUCUGUUUUACUUGCUUAUCUUAUGUCGCUUGGCCUUAGCCCUUUCACCAUUGUUAUUUACUUCACCCUUGCCACCUUCAUUAUUCUCUCCCCUUUUUCUUUUUAUUUCGAAAGGAAAUUCAUUUUCAUCCGAUGGCCGAACCGAUUAACCUUGAAGUUCAUAAUUCAGUUUGUUUUAAUCUCCUUUGGAGGAAUAACUUUGUUCCAAUCCCUAUUCCUCAAAGGGAUUGAUCUAACUUCACCAGCAGUGGCAACAGCCAUGCCAAACCUUGCUCCUGGACUUAUCUUUAUAAUUGCUUGGGCUUUCAGGUUAGAAAAAGUUGCUAUAAAUUGCCUAUACAGUAAAGUUAAGAUUGCAGGCACAUUCUUGUGUGUCAUUGGCGCCAUUAUAAUGAGUGUAAUGCAGAGCACCGUCUCGUCGGGAGAUGUGGUGAUGGAUACCGUGGCCAUUUAUAACGACAUUUUCAACAAAAAUAUGAUCAUCGGUUGCAUGUACCUCAUGGCAGCAGUCCUGGUUCUAUCAAGCAAUGUAGUAUUGCAGGCGACGACCUUGGGAAAUUUUCCUGCUCCGAUGUCGUUGUGUGCGAUAACGUCCUUGAUCGGAGUGAUUAUAACUUCACUGGUGCAGUUGUUUGAAAAUCAUGAUUUCGAAUGGGGUUGGCCUCUUGUUAGUGCUUGGAACCUACUUGGCUUUUCUAUACUGGGAGGAGCCGUGAGCGGAAUUUGUGUAAGCUUCAACGGAUGGGCAAUGAAGAAGAGGGGACCAGUGCUGGUCUCAAUGUUUUGCCCCAUUGGAACAGUCGUAACAGUAGUUCUGUCUUUUAUUACAUUAGGACAGACCAUUUCAUUAGGAAGCCUUGCCGGAAUGUUCCUCAUGUUCACCGGCCUCUACUUCGUGUUAUGGGCUAAAGGAAAAGAAGUUUAUUGGCCGGGGAAGGCUUAACAAGCGAGUUCGA